AUGGAUUCGAGGGCAACGUCUUCUUUUUGUAUAGCAAGCCAUUCCACAUUGAGCGUCCCCCCGAUCUACACUCUGGGGAACACACAGUUAUGUUGUAGGUGUCAAAAAGAGCUCGGAAUGGAUGCGCCCCUGACGUAUUCGAUGCCUGGUGAUGUCCGAUUGAAUCAUUGGCUUAGAGGGUCGAUCGAAAGUAGGGCAACCAGUGAUGAAGGGGAGUAG